AUGAGUGAGGCCUAUCUUACUUCGCUGCCAUCCAGUGUACCCAUCUAUGGACUAAACUUGGCAACUCCCAGUCAGCAGCCGACUGCGCCAAUCAAUGGGCCAUCAGCUGCUUCUCGAGCUGCUGCGCUCCCACACCAGGCAAACCAACAUCCCUCGGAGAUCGAGGUUCAGGAGGGCGAUCCUGAGCAUGUCCGCGAGCUCGUACAGGCCCACAAGGACAGCAUUAAGGCGAUGGCACAUCAGCAUGCUGCAACGCUCGCGCUGCAAAGGUGCCAGAUCCAGAUGGGCCUAUACAAAAAACGACUACGCGUAGCCAAGGAAGGUGUGCGCAAGGCUAACGAACACCUCAGAGUUGUGCAGGACAGAUGUGGCAGUGUCUGCAGGGAGAGCGGGACUGACUUCGUGGAUUACAGUAGUCUUUUGCAGGAGGUUGGAGCUCGGGGAGCGGAUAUCCAGAAGACGGAAAGUGAUUAA